ACUUGACUAGAAAGAAAAGCCCAACUCAGAUCAUUAUCAUCAUCAACGCAAUCGCACCCUUCUCUCCACGGAUACCCAUAAUCCCACCAAGAUUUCCCCUUUCCAGUUUCCACGCCACUCGAUACGAGCAUACGACGUCGUUUCUCUUCAUCCCUGAACGUCUCCUUCCUCUCGUCACUCGCUCACUGAAGCUAGAGCUUUCUCACUCACUCACUGUGGCUCACUGGCUCUCGCACUCAAGCUCUCUCCCACUCUCGUCUCCGCUCUCUCUCACUGUCUCCAGUCUCGCACUCAGUCGCGCUCGCUCGCCUUCCCUGGGCUCGUCGUCGCCGGCGGCAGAACCAGCAGGUCCCGGGACUGGUCGUCAUCAUCGCUCUCUGUCUCAUCAUCGUCUCACACUCAGUCGCGCGCUUUCCUUGCGCUCAUCGUCGGCGGCGGCAGAACCAGCAGGUCUCCGGGCUGGUCUUCUUGCUUCGAGUCUCGCCGUCAGCUUCCUCCCCGCCGCCGUCAGCUUCUUUCGCGCAACCACAAGCUGGUCCCCGAUUGCUUGUGAAUUGGAAAGGAAGAAUCUGAAUUCUCAAGAGUGCAGGAUCUUCAGCGAAGUUACUCCAAAACUAUCCACACCAAACGAGAAUCUGAAGAAGAAAUCCGAACUCAUCGUCGUUCAUUCCUUCUUCUUCUUGUGCGGAAGAAUGAGCAGUUCCGGUGGUGGAAGCUCGUCGAAACCAAGAAGUGCUUCUUUUCAACCUUCCGAAACUUCUUCAAAGCGCAAAAGAGGAGUCUUCCAAAAAGAACUGCAGCACAUGAUGUACGGCUUUGGAGAUGAUCCAAAUCCUCUUCCUGAAAGUGUGGCACUUAUGGAGGAUAUUGUUGUGGAAUAUGUCACGGAAUUGGUACAUAAAGCUCAAGAUAUUGGAUCACAGAGAGGGAAGCUUUCUGUUGAGGAUUUCCUUUAUUUGAUUCGCAAGGAUUUGCCAAAACUUAAUCGAUGUACAGAAUUGUUGUCCAUGAAUGAAGAGCUGAAACAGGCAAGGAAAGUCUUUGAAUCAGAUGAAGACAAACUGAGGAAGGUUUUUGAGGUAGAUGAACCCGUUGAAUGAUGAAUGAGGAAAAGGGUGUUGAAUUGCAUCGUUACUGAAUUCAGGAUUACUGGAGUAUGUCCUAACAUGCCUCUAUCAAAUUUUUGGAAAUUUGGAGUAUGUCCUACAUUUGAAAAUAGCCAAUGUGGAUACUUGGAUAGUUGAAUUGUAACUUCCUAAUAUAUUUGUUCUCCAAUUUAUUUUGUCCAUGAUCUUGUGAUUAUAAGUUUGAGUAUUAGAAAACAAUUUUUGACACAUUAGGGUAACUUGCCGAAAUAUAGGAGAAAUUAUUUGGUCUCUACCUUCUACAGUUAUUAUUUAUUUCUUUUGAGAGU